UGGAAUCUGAAAAGCCUAUGUGGAUCUGUGAAUGUGGAAUUUUGCAAGAUGUAUCACUACAGUGUGCCAAAGGAUGUGAUGUAGUCUUCGCUUCCUGUCUAAGUGCGUGUCGUCGUGCAAACAUGGCUGCCUCCGGUUGCAGAGGCGUGAGGUCGAUUUUAUGGAAGUAUGGGAGCUACGGGAAUAAUUUAUUUGUGUCCCGGUCAAAGAUGGUCCCGCAGCUGCCACUCAGACAGAUUUACGUGGCAUCCUCUUUAUGGAAGAAGAACCUGGCAGCAGCAGGCCCUCAGAAAUUCACACAGGAGUUCAUCGACAAACAGGUGGAGGAGUUUGAAGUUGGCAAACGACAUUUGGCCAACAUGAUGGGGGAAGACCCGGAGACAUUCACACAAGAGGAUAUUGAUAGGAGUAUUGCAUAUCUCUUCCCUUCUGGACUCUUUGAGAAACGAGCAAGACCUGUUAUGAAGCACCCAGAGGAAAUAUUCCCAAAACAGACAGCUAUCCAGUGGGAUGCAGAAGGACGGCCUUUUCACUUUCUGUUCUACACAGGGAAACAGUCCUACUAUUCUCUCUUGCAUGAUGUCUAUGAGAAGAUUCUUGCAAUAGAAAGACACCAGGACAAGAUGAGAAAUAAAGGCCUCUUCACAUCAGAUACCAAACAAAUAUUGCUGACUGGGAGCAGGUGGCUGUUAAAAGAGGAAAUAGAGGAGAAUCUGGUAGAGAACAUUUCAGUUCAAGAUUACAUGCGGUUGAUCCAGCUGAUGGAGUUGUUGUUGUCCAUGCCUUACUGCUCUCUGGAGGAGGAGUUCAUACUGAAGUUUCGCAAACAGCUGGAGGUUCAGUCCAGUAAAUACGAGAUUCCUGCCCUGCAGUACGACCCACAAGGAGUCGCUUUCAGCGUUGCAGAUGGCAGAAGGAAGUCUGCCAAAGCCAGUAUCACCCUCAGAGACAGUGGCUCUGGGAACAUCACAAUCAAUGGCAGGAACUACCUCCACUACUUUCCUGUGCUACAAAACAGCUGGCCUGCUGACCGCAGACCCCAGGAUCAGGGAGAGGAAGAAACCAGGACAGGAGGGAGCGCGGAAGAAGUUCACUUGGAAAAAGCGCUGAACAGGAAAGGAUCAAUACAGCACAGGAACCCUGAGAGAGGACACAACUUCUCCCUCUCACUGGACUAUUGGAAUAUUCCGCAGACAGUCAUACCCAUAAACCAGCCCUGCUGCAUCAAACCAGCUUGCAUCAGUUAAAAUUCACAAAUUUCAGACUCUAUUGGUUGGUGGCACUGGACAUCUGUGAGCAAAAAGGAGAUCUUUCCUUUUCUGAGAUUUAACUGUUGUGUAUAUUAAAGCGGUAUUGAAAAUGUUAAUAUAAACAUCUUUCAAUAAACGUUUUGUUUUUCAUAUGUGAAUAUUUUUAGCUUAAUUUUUCAAUAAUGAACCCAGCUGCCAGAAUAUUGGUUAGAUUGUAAUACUCUUAAUCAAUAAUCUGUUUUUGAAAUUAAUUCAAUUUAUCAAAUUAUGUUGUUAAAAUUAUUGAUUCAGCUAGUUUAAGAUUUUAUUGUUUAAUUUUAUUUAAUAAUCUUAUCACCAUGUUGGCUGGGGAAGUUACUACAUAUAUUACACCUCAGAAAUGUGUCUAGCACACAAUGGUGUCUUCAAUAUAAUACAAAAUAUGUUUAAAGUGCAGUUUCAUUGUAAAACAUUAUUUUCAUUACAGAAAAACAUUUACUGUUAUCUUAAGUACAUACCACUGUUACAGUUAUGCAGCAUAAAUGUUAUAAAUGUAACAUGUUUUUUUUAUAUACUUUUAAUUUGCAUCCAACUGUCAGUCUUUUGAAACUAUAUUUGCAUUAUGUGCCAUUAUCACAUUAUAAAUGGCUGCACAGUGUUCUCUCCA